AACGAGAGUGGGAAGUGACACAACACCACACACAGUGGGCUCGCACGCACAGCAGACAAGCUGACACUCCACUCACACCCCACUCCGCUAACACACACACUCACUCCUGUGUACUCAACGAAGAGCGAAAACAAUCACACGUAUCAACAACAACAAGCACGCUUUAACAAAUCGUGCGCUGCACUCAUCACACGCUAUUCCUGCACACAAGACCACUCGUAUACAGCAGCAAUGCAAACACUCGGCGUUCUACACUCUUAUACAUAUAUCUGAUCAUACGCGAGACCCAUAGCCACUUAUAUUAUAUAGAAUAUACAGCCAGACACUUAGCGAACAGAGACACACACGCGCAUGUUAUGCGCGCACUCUAGACGCAGCGACACAAGCGUAGUCAUACAUACACAAUGUCUGCUACACGAGAGUAGACUGACCACACACUCACACGAGACACACACACACACUAGACACACACACCACACUAGAUACACACACACACUAGACACACACACUCACACUAAAACACUCACACUAGACACACACUAGACACACUCACACUAGACACACACACUCACACACACUCACACUAGACACACACACUAGACAAACACACACUCACACACACUCACACACACUCACACGAGACACACACACACACACUAGACACACACACACCACACUAGAUACACACCACACUAGUCACACACACACUCACACUAAAACACUCACACUAGACACACUCACACUAGACACACACACUCACACACGCUCACACUAGACACACACACACCAGACACACUCACACUAGACACACACAUACACUCCACACACACACCACACACCACACACCACACACACACUAGACACACACCACACACCACACACACACCACACGAUACACACACUCACACGAGACACACACACACACUCACACCACACACACACCACACACCACACACACACACUAGACACACACACACACCACACACACACACUAGACACACACACACCACACUAGACACACACUCACACCACAAACACACCACACGAUACACACACGAGACACACACACACCACACUCACACGAGACACACACACACUACACACACACACUAGACACACACCACACGAGACACACACACACCACACUCACACGAGACACACACUCACACCACACACUCACACUAGACACACACAUCACACACACACCACACACUCACACGAGACACACACACACACCACACUACACACACACCACACCACACGAGACACACACACACCACACUACACACACGAGAAACACACCACACUACACACACACUCACACGAGGCACACGCACACACACCACACUACACACACGAGACACACACCACACUACACACACCACACACCACACUACACACACGAGACACACCACACUACACUACACACACACACCACACACUACACACAAACUCACACGAGGCACACGCCGUCUAUUCUCGCUCGACGUCUUCACCUCCUGCGCCGCUGUGAGAAGUCAGAGGGAGAGUCGUGGUCUCAUCUGGAUCCCAGGCGACUCAUUCAGACAGCACAGUGCCCGUGAUGACAGCAACUCGGCACUGAGCAGAGGAGGAGCCGGGAGGAGACCUCCCGUCAUCGUCGAACAACAACGUCGUCUCCGUCGUCGUCCUCGCCACCUCCGUCCUCUUCACGAUGAGGCGGCUGCUGGUGCUGACUGUUGCCCUGCUGCUCAUCGACUCUGUCGCGCUCGCUGUGGGGUCGCGGGAGGGCACGACGCCGCACCUCCCCUACAGGACCCGGAGAAGUCUGUCGGCGGGGAGGCCGCUGCUCUCGUGCCCGCGGGGCUGCUCCGUCUGCUCGGCCGCCAACGGCUGCCUGCUGUGCGCGCCGCGCCUCUUCUUCCACCUGCAGCGCGUGGGCAUGCGCCACCUGGGCCAGUGCCUCCUCGCCUGCCCCGCCGGACACUACGGACAGCGCAGCGCCAUCGCGCACCGCUGCAUGCGCUGCCAGGUCCCGCACUGCGACAGCUGCUUCGGCCACUCGUUCUGCACGCGCUGCUCACGCGGACACUUCCUGCACCGUGGCCGCUGCGGGAGCGGCUGUCCCAGCGGACACGAGGGCGACAACCGCACGCAGGACUGUCUCCCCACAGUGGACUGCGAGGUGUCCACGUGGGGAGCAUGGUCCGCGUGCGAACGGAGGGGGAAGACGUGCGGCUUCAAGUGGGGGGCCCAGGAGAGGAGACGUGGUGUGACCAGGGCCCCCUCCCCCCAAGGGCAGCACUGCCCGCCACUCGAGCAGACUCAGCGCUGCCUCGUGCAGCCCAGGUUUUGCCCCGGGGACGAGCUGGGGCCGCUAAGGCAGAAGAUGCGUUUGGAGCAGAAGAAGAGAAGAGGGUUCACGGUGACGAGGAAAUUCGAGGUCGAGCCCUGACAUCAACCCUGCCACAACAGCCACAACAACCACAACAACAAUAACCAGCGAUGCCAAACUGGCCAGCGGACAGCACUAUGCCAACACCACUACCACCACGAGCAGCAUCGUCAAGAUUUAAACUGCGUAGAAUUUUGCGGUUGUGCCGCUACAACUCUCCCUGGUUUGUUCGAGUCGUACCUUGUGUUGUAGGGCACGAUGUCUGACGUGUCGUCUCCACGUGCGGCAGACAUUCCUCGAAACAAAACGUCAGACACUGCACCGAACAACACGCAGUGGAAGACGGCAUGUAAACGUUUCAACACGGCCAUUUUUAUGUCCGUUUUUCGUUUCUAGGAUCGUAAAAGCCCCGCAGAACAAAAUGGUCCUUGUAUUGUGCUCAAUGGAGAAAAUGUCUUGAACAUUUGAGAAAAUCUCUGCUGUGAUCGUUUAAGUUUUUGUACAAAUAUUUUUGCUUUUCAGGGUUUAUUUGGGUGGGCGCUACAGUGCAACAAAGUCUGUGCUGGUUGGAGACAUGUGAAAUAAUGUCUAAGUUUUGGCCACGGGGGUUUGUACAAAUAGUUGUUUUUGUAAAAUCUUUUAUUUACGUUAACAUUUUUUUUUAGUAUUUGGUUUGCCCUACAGUGCAAAAACAAAUGAAAUUUGCACGAGGUCACGUGGCCUACUUAUUGCGAGUGCCCCACUAUUUUUGAGUUUUUUAUUUUACGAAAAAAAAGUUUCUUACGUUUUUUUACAUAUUAAUAUUACGGCCGUUUAGAAUUAUUACGGUUAACUGAAGUGGUUAUCGUCGCUCGUAAAAAAGGGCAAAAAAAUAAAAAAAAUUGUUGCGGAAAUAAGGGGGGGGGGGGGUGCAUGUGGGUUUUUUUUCUUUGCCCGUGUGUAGCAAUCGCUCAAAUUUGAGAACGCGUUAGUGCGGCCAUGGAUGUUUGUUUUGGUGGGAAACGCUGUGUCCAAUUUGUGAAGAUUAAUUCGGGUGGCCACGCAGCGCGAGACUUUAAAUGCUUCAGGUGUUUGCUUGAAGAUUGAGAACUGCUGCAAAUGUGCCUCGGUAUAGUUUGUCGCUUGUGCGGGAGUUGUUUUGUGUUGCCUGUUCCCCAUGUUGAAUGGUGCUGCAGUUUAACUGACAUCUGCAUUUAUUCAAUACCAUUUUAUAUGUUUACAUUACCGCUUUUUUAUUGAAACCAACUUUAUGUUUUUUGAAUUAUUACCACCCUUGUGAUGCUUUAUUAUUACAAUAUCAAUGUUAAUUGCAGUUGCGCUGAUUUUGACAUUUGUAUUUUUUUACUUAUUUAUUUGUAUAUUUAUAUUUUCCUUUGGGAACUAAUUUAAAACCGUUUUUAUUUGCUACUUACAGCUUCAACAUUUUGUUUGUCAUCGCGUUGGUUGAUCGUCUUAUUGCGUGGUGCAGAAUUUGUCUUGAAAGGGGGAAAAGUCAAUCAACAAUUUUUAAACAAACCAAGAAUAUCAAUUGGACCUAAAAGCAAUGACAUAUUAAUCUCAAGUUUUUUUGUUUAAAAUUUUCAGCAGAAGUGGCAUAAAUCAAUACACAAGUCUGCACCAUAACUCUUCCUAAGACUCGGAAUCUGCAUCUCCUAAAUCCUAGAAGUCUCAACUGAUGCACCAACCCAAGGCUUGCUAGCUUGGGUUAUGGUACGUUUUAAUUUGUUUUUUGGCUUGGCAAAUUUGAUUAUCCGUAUUUAUGUAUUUGCAGCAAUCGGACAUGGCUUGGUUAAAUAAUCCCUUGCAAAGACUACACGUGACUUGGGAGAUUAAGUCACAAUUCAAGAGGAACGAAUUUCCACCUUAAAGUCAAUGGUGCAAUAUAUUUGUCUCGAGUUGCAACUGUAUUAUAAACCCACACGUAGCAUGUGUUAUGUAUACAACACAGCAUGUAAAUAUAUGCAGCAUAUAUCUAUUUUACGUGGCGUUACAGGCUCUCUUCCACCAGAGAAAAAUCCUCGCCCUAAACAUUCCAUCAAUAUAGACAAACCUUCCUCAAGCAAUUUGCAUCAGCUGUUUACCACCAAGCCUAUUUUCAAACUAAUAAUAGGAAAAAAAUCAAACUUGGCAGUGACUGUUCAAGAUAGUGGGGAAAUUGAGUUAAUUUUGCUAACGGUUACUUUGGGACUUUUGUUCUAUAAAAUAGUUGAGUAUAGCCAGGUAGCAUGUGACCAAAACCCUUUAUGGCCAUUGGCUGACCUCUUGUAAAUCACUAUCCAAUUUUGGUGACUCGCAAGACGGUCCAGGGAAAGUUCUCUUAUCCAUGAUUCUGUGAUGGACCAAUAUCAUGGAUCCUAUUAGUCGCGGUGUUAUCCAGAAUUAUUUGUAGGAAAUGGUUGCGGAUGAUGAGGUUUUUGUGGACUCGUGCAGAUAAUACGAGUCGUGGAUAAUAGGACCACGGAUAAGAGGAGUUCUGUGGUUGUGUUCAGAGCACCAGUGUUUCGAACAGAGCUGCAGUGUUAUUGUUGGUGCAUUAUUAUCCAAAAGCACUGCGCACGUGAAUUGCGUUUGGGUUUUUUCAGUAAAUCUAUGCUAAGUUUCUCAUUCAAGUUUUCCCAUUAAACGUGGCGUGGGCAUUACCUAAUAUACAUAACUGCUUGAGAAUAUGUGGUGUCUGGUCUGCCUUGUAUCGAUAGUGUAGUUAUGCUAUAUCCUUCAAAUGUGACUCGUUCACCUGUUUUUGUCGUCUCUACUAUCACUGAAACGUAGGCGCCCAUCCGAUUUCAUGAAAUGCAACGAAUGCCAUCAAUUCGCCCAAAUGCGGUGUGGCGUGCGAUCGGUGAGGUUCAAGAAUCGCUAUUCAAGGAGGUCAUGGAAUGGAGCUGAGUGUGAUUGCACCAACCUGGAAGGUGGCGAUCGUGUUUGUUUUGGCCAUAGCCAAAAAUUGAGUGGACGUAAUAAGGAAAACGAAUUUCCUGGAAUAACAGUACAAUUCUAAUCGAGCGACACUGGAAUGAAUGACAAACAAAGUGGACAAGAAUGCAAAACAUGGAUUCGCGACCACAAUCUGGGGCGUGAAAUUUUAGAUGCCAUGAAGAGGGCUUAAGGUGUUUGACUUGGGCAUGAAGUUUUAUGACCUGGGAUGGAGGGGGAAGACUUCUUUUUGAGGUGUGACAUUUUUAUACGAGAACCUGGAACGUGAUUUGAGAGGGACGCCACUUUGGGCACGAACAUUUGAAGUGUGAAAUGAAACCAGAAUCUUGAGAUUUAAAUGUGACUUGAUGUCAGGUGUGCAUCUGAAGACACUGCCUGCGCAGAUGAGACGCGCGGAAUGGAGAUGCAAGGCUUCAAGUCGUGGGUGGAGUGCGUAAAUGAGAGAUGUGGAUCGCAGAAGGGGGAACUCGAGUCGUGGUGUCCAUCGCACAGCGAAGAUGAACCGAGGGGAGCGUUUAUGGUGGGAACAUGGCAGUGAAAGGUGGAGUGUCUGUGAAGGUGGACCUCGUAGUUGACACUUGAAGGAGGCAGCGGAGGUUGAGCAAUAUAUCACCAAUGGACAAUUGCUUUGUAAUGGAGCAGUGGAUGGAAAAUGUCUGGAGGUGCAUAUUGUGUUUAACGUGCGCUGUAGCAAUUUAGUACAUCUUGGUACUGUGUGAAACAUUUGUAAGUGGGCUCUGGACAGUGGUUUGCUCAACAUUGGAGAAAAUGUUUUGCAGUAUUAAAGUGCCAUUUCUGUAUAAUCUCUAUAAAAUCCAAUGCUGAAUGCGUGUUCGUCUUAUGAAUUGUAAAUCUAAAUACCAAAUGAUGUACUUUGUAAUAUUAUGCAAUUCCCUUUGUGCGUUGUAACUUGCAUAUUUGUCAACUUGCAAUUGUCCCUAGUUCGUGUCUACAAAAUUAACAUUGGAAUGUGUUAAAAAAAAUCCAUAAAAAUGGUCUUCGGGCUUAUGUGAGCUACAGAAUGUAAUGUCGAUUACCUAUCAGUGUUACCAAUUGUAAUGCCGUUUGCACACUUAACCUCUGUGUAUGCACACUACGAAAUGUGGUGUCCAUUCCCUAUUAGCGCUACGGAAUCUAAUGUCGGUCUGUGUACCUUUAUAAAAUGCAAUAUUACACACUUUAUAACGCAGUGAAGUCAAUUGUGGUACAAUCCGCAUUAUCGUACAAUAAAUGUCCUCAAGAUAAGCUAAAAAGUUAUCUUAAAUCGCCUCACGGAAUGUACUUUAUUGUAUUCACUUUACCGUACGCGCUUAUCAGCACUAUGAAUUCCAAACGCGUCGGUCAGUGUGAGCUAUGAAAUUAACUCCGUUGAAUUAAACUCU